AUGGAGGCAGUCCAGCAAGGGAUCGAUGCCGUGCGGCAGCGGAUCCCCCGCGUCGGUGCGCAUGGCAAUACGGUCAAGCCGAAUGUCAAUGUCGAGGCGAUCGACAAGCUGAUUGCUAGCAUCCACGAUGCACAACAAAAAGACCCUUCGUCGGACCUGCACGCCCUGCUGGAAGUCGUCAGCACGCGGCUCGACCAGGCCCAUGCGGACGUGACCGAGUCCAAUCGGCACUACUACGUUGCGCUGAACAAGCUAUGGCGUGCGGUCGACAAGAAAUUCCCGACAUCACUGGACGAUAUGAUCAACCCGAGUCUCUUUGGCAGCGAAAAGUGCACGCAGGCGCUCGAUACGGUUGUACUGGACUACCUGCUCCGCGCCGGCCAUACGCAGGUUGCCGAGCUCUUUUCGGAAGAGACUGGCGCGCAACUCCCCGAGCCCCAGAAGGCGGCGCUUGCCGAGCUGUGCCGCCUCUUUUCUGCGCUCGAGACCGGGCAGACACAGCCCAUUCUUGCGUGGGCGUCGGCGCACGGCGAUGCGCUGCGUGCGCGCCACAGUGCGCUGGAGUACUAUCUGCUGCGGAACCAGUUCCUCGGGAUCGUGCAAGGCGACGUGCACUAUGGUGACGACACGAUGCAUGGCCUUGCUACGGAGCCGACGACGAAUGUGCACCUUGCCUUUUUGUAUGGCCGCAAGCACUUUGCGCCCUACCUUGCGACGCACCUCGACGAGAUCCAGCAGCUCUAUGCGUUGCUUUUGUAUCUCCCCAAGUUCCCCGUCUCUGCGCGGGGCGUGCCCCUGGACGAAGCGCCGGACACUGGGACGCUGCUGAGCUACGUGCCCGAGCGCUACAAGAACACGCUGUCAGCUCUGCGUAUCGACACCCCCGAGCUUGCGGCGCAGUUCCGAGCCGAUUUUUGUGCGCUCGCGCAUCUUGGGCAGCUGUGCCCCCUCCAAGCCAGUGUCGAUGUCGGCGCGAACAAUGCACUGGGCCGCAUCAACAAGGUGCGGCAAGUGAUGAAAGAGCGCGGCAACGAGUGGAGCCAAGCCGACGAGCUUCCGAUCGAGAUCCCCCUCCCCCCCGAACUGCAGCUGCACAGCACUUUUCUGUGCCCCGUGAGCAAAGAGACGAGCAGCGACGAGAACCCACCCAUGAUGAUGCCGUGUGGCCAUGUGCUCUGUCUCGACAGUCUGACGCACAUCGCGCGUGGGAGCCGCGUCAAGUGUCCCUACUGUCCCGCCGAGUCGAAUCUCAAGCAAGCGCUGCGUCUUUAUCUGUAG